AUGAAAAAGGCCUUCGCAGUGACCCAACUCCUCUUCAACUACGCUGUUCCCUCCCCAGAAGCACCACCAUCAUCAUCGUCAUGCUCACCUCAUAAUCCGCCUGGGCUUGUGGACCUAGGCUACGCCAAACACGUUCCAACGUACAUUAACACCACGGCCUCCGGCCAGCGGGUAUCCAUCUAUAAGAACAUCCGCUUCGGGAACGCUCCCGUGGCGGAUAAGCGCUUCCGUAAGCCUGAUACCGACGUGCCCUACCAGCAUGGAAUCCAAGAUGGUCAUAAUCGACUCCAGAAUAGCACCUGCAUCUCCACCGCGCCGUGGCAGGUGCCGUUCCCAGGAAACGGUACUACGUAUGGGACUGAGGAUUGCCUGUUUCUGGAUGUAUUUGUACCGGAGGGGGUGAAGCCCGAUGAUGGUGUGCCGGUUUUACACUGGUUUGUCGGCAGUGCAUAUGCGUUCGGGUCCAAGGAGUUUCUUUCGAAUCCGAUGGGCAUUUUUGAUCAGAUGCACAUUAUGGGUAAAGACAAAUUCAUCUUUGUUGCAAAUAAUUACAGACUCGGUGUGAGCGGAUUCAUGUACAGCCAAGACCAAGACAUGGACGCCAACAUUGGGCUAUUUGACUGCCUCGCCGCAGCAGAGUGGACAAGCAAGUACAUUCACGAAUUUGGCGGAGACGCAUCGCGUAUUACUGCCAUGGGCGAGAGCGCGGGCGCCGGGAUCUUGUAUUACUUGAGCACAUUAGGCGGAGGUGAAGCCAAGCUGCCGUUCCAGCAAAUGUUUCUCGCAUCACCAGCUGCACCUCCACGGCGAGAAGUGGCGUCCCGGCAAAGAGAAGUCCUCAAUACUGUGCUCAAAACAGCACACUGCUCGUCCAUCGACUGUCUUCGUCGUUUGUCUGAAGAGGAACUCAAGAGAGUCAACCACAUUGUCAUAAACGACAUGCCAGCCAUGGGCGGCGGCGGCAACUUUGGCCCUGGUAUCGGCUUUGGCCUCGCACCCGAUGGGAAAGACUUCCCCGAUAUACCGCUGCAGGUGCUGUUGGACGGUAAAGCCAAUAAGGGUCUGACACGAGUUGCGGCGGGCAGCAUGGCCAACGAAGGGAUGACGACUUCGAGCGACAACGACAUGCCCGCCAACUUCCCUAACAUUGUGCGGCGCAUACUGCCCUCGGCUAGCAACGAGACAGUUGCCAAGAUACAAGCGCAGUACCACCCUCGGGUGCCCGAGCAGCUUGCGUGGGACUGGGUGACGGAUGUGGUGUUUGCGUGCCAGAUAUAUAACCUGGCGAAUGCAAUUCCAGGGCGGACCAAGCUUUUCAUCAAUUCGUUUCCGCCGGCGGUCCACGGGCAGGAUGUGCUGUAUUACUUUUACGUGAACCAGGAGUUGACGCCAGUUGACGAUCCAAAGCUGGCACACGAGUACCAGGCAAAGCUGCUCAAUUUUGUGCAAGGGCGGGAGAUGGACUGGCCAACGUAUGGCAACGGGAAGCAAAUGUACAAUGUUAGCUCCGAGUUUGACGAGACGACGCUCCCCAAGGUCUUGCAGGAUCGGUGCAACUUGAUCAACGAAAUGGUCCUAAAUCCAGAUAAUGGGGCCUAG